AUGUUUUAUUCAAAAAUCAUAGUUUUUUUUAUAAAUUUUUUAAAAUCAUUUUUACAAAAACAAAAAAUUUUAAAAACUGAAGAUCCUAUAGUUUUAAUUAUGUGGCCAAGAGGUAGUGAUGUACCAAAUAAUUAUAAAUUCUUUCUAGGUUGUUUUUUGAAUUAUUAUAAGACAGAGACAGACACAAAUACGGGUGAUCUCACCACAAAUUAUAAUCAUGCUUAUUUACGUCAUAGGCCAAAUCAAUUAGGAGAAAUAACAACUGAUUUAUUUUAUUAUAAUAGUUUUCAAACUUUUCAAUCAAUUUGUUCAUUUACCAGCAAUUAUUGUGAUAAUGAUGGCCAGGGUCAUUUACAACACAACGUCCGAUAUGGUAGAAUCAUUUUCUCAUAUAAAGUUUUUAGAAAUUUAAAUUCUAUAAGAGCAGGUGAAGAGUUUAAUACAAUUGAUGUCCUCUAUGAAAAUAAUAAUUUAAAUAGUAUAAAUAAUAAUAAUAAUAAUAAUAAUAAUAAUAAUAUUAAUAAUAUAAAUAAUUAUAAUAAUAACAAUAGUAACAAUAAUAACAAUAAUAAUAAUAAUAAUAAUAUUAAUAAUAAUAAUAACAGUAUAAAUAAUAUAAAUAAUAGUAUUUAA